GACUUCCCACUGUAUAAGGCAAAACGCGACCGAGGCAUUACGGAUGUAGCAGCGUUGGCAUUGCUGCGCGUAUGCUCAAGCGAAUGCACAUAUCUGGCAAGCAAUAACGACAAAGCUACCGCAUCCGGGGGAGCCGAUGCGCCAAUACCGAGGAGCCAGGGUAUUGGUGGAAAGACAUUGACUGGCCAAAAAAAGGAAAUCCCACGACUCCUUACACCUAAGUCGAAACUGCGACUUGGAUCGUGGAACGUGCGGACCGCCUUUCACUGCGGUCAGAAAGAAAUCAUCGCAAGGGAGUUGAGCAAGUGCCGGGUUACUGUUGCAGCUUUAUCCGAACUGAGGAUCAGCGGCUGUGGAACGACAAGAGUGCAGGUUCCUGCUACGGACGAUUGA